AUGGCGGUCAAUUUAGCUGCCAGUGUGUGGGCUCCAUUUCGUGAGCUCAAUGACACUGUGGAGGCAGCUGUUACCAGAAGACAACCAGGCAUUGUCCAUGAUCUGGAAAUUGCUUUGCGCAAGCACAAGCCAGAUUUUAUUUCAUUAUUAAAAAAACCUGCUAAAAAUGCAGCACACAGAGAGCUGGUCAAGAAAUCAACUGUUGAAGGUAUCUCAGUGCAGGGAGAGCAGACCAAGCAGGUGUUUACACAGCAAUUUGUGGCCGAAGCCUUGAUUUUGAGUGACCUGUUUGACCUCAACGAACUUGCUGCUGUUGAGCUGUUGAUGGCAGGUGAGCAGCAGUUGUCCAACUAUCCUGGACUGACAAGAGGACUUGUGGCAGUGCUGCUGUUUUAUGAUGGUCAGCGGAGUCUCGUGUCUGCCCUGAGAACCCUGGCCCAAGCUCGAGAAGGCAGGACAUGGACCGUGGGUGUUUCACAGGACAUUCAGGUCCUUAUCAAAAACUUCAUAGGGGAGCUUUUGGAUUCAGGCAUUGUGGGCACUGUUUUAGACUUGAUUGCUUCUAUGGAUCUGGUUAAGGAGGUGGACAGGCUUCAGAAGGACAGAGCCCUAGGUCCAGCCAAGCACAGAAAACAGGUGACUGAUAUUUAUGUGGAGAUCCGACAGACUCUGGGAGACAUCGUGUAUUGCCUGGCGUGUCAGAGACCACUCAACAAACAGGAUACACUUCGUUUGGUAGCUCACCUGCGCCAGGACAACUCCAUGAAUGCUGACCAAACCCUAGACUCUGUGACCCUGUGUCUGCUAGUUGCCUUAUGGUACUGCUUCGAUGUGAGUCUGCUGCAGAGAGAGGACUCUGAAGAUGUCCUGUCGCAGUUACCCGUGUUCAGUGACCAAGGCUUUAUCCAGGAGUUACAUCAGGAGCUGGUCUCUGGUCAAGCUUGGGCUAAUCCUGGACUCAAGGCAGCGGCACAAUUCAGCUGGGCAGUCAUGCUUCGACAGACAUCACAGUUCAGUGUGGCCAAUGGAGGUCAAAAUGGUGGAAGUGAUUGCUUUGAGGAAGAUGAAAGACUGAUAGACUUGGCCCUGGAGGCAAACAUUUUCAGCUUCCUGAGCAUCUCAGUUGUGUCUUGUCCCAACUUUCACUCAGAGGAAUUUUAUUUCCAGAGGCUGCAUGGAUUAGUGUCGGACUUUAUUUACCAAAUGCCAUUGAAGAUUAAAGAGCUACGCAACCGAGGGGAUGAAAUGAGCCGCAUCAUUCUGGCUCAUCAGGCUGAAGGACUAGAACCUCCGGUGCAAAGAGGAGACUUACAUGAGUUCAUGACUUUGAUUGGAGACUUGUACAUGAAAGAUCCACUUAACCUGCAGCUAGCCUUGGAGUACUGGUGUCCGCCAGAGCCAUCUUCUGGGAUCACAGAUCUCAGCACUGUCUACAGGCCAGACCCCAAGCAGAUUGCCUUGUUCAAAUUUGUGCGAGUCGCUGGGGAUCUCCUGCCAGCGCCACUGUUCUUGCCAUAUGUUCACAUGCUGACAGGGCUGGCCACUGGGCCUCAGUGCAGCCAUCACUGUUUCAGCUUACUGCGGACUAAUGGUGGCCAGACCAGCCCAGUAUCCUGGGACCAUGUCUUCCACUCCUUACAUCAGUAUUACAGCAGCCUCCGCCAGGAAGCCUACAGCACCUCAGACAGUAUGAGCAUUCCCUAUCGCACCACACCACCUCGGGUCAUGACCCCACAGGAGCAGGAGGCCGUUUGUGCUGUUCUCCGACUGAUCAGGCACAUUGCACAACAGAAUGAAACUUGUCGCUCAUUAUUUUGUGAGAACCAGCAGUGGUCAGUGGUGGUUGUGCUGUUUGGCUUAAUCAGCUGUAAUGUCACGGUCAACAUGAAAGGAGAUAUUCUGUGUACUUUAGCAGCCUUUGCCCAGACACCUUUGUUUGCAGCCACCAUUUGGCAGACAUUAGAAGCUUCUCAGAUUCUUCCAACCAUUGCAUCCUCCCGAGACCAGCCUGGAGGAAUUAAAGUGGAACUUGAGGAAAUUGAGAGCCGCAACGAGGAGUUUCCGUUGACUAGAGGUUUUCUGGAACUUAUUGGAUCUUUGACCCAGUUCCCCGUGCCGAUGGGUCUGGGAGCUGGAACUAGAUCUCCAGGGUUUGAUCCCUACUUGGACUUCAUUCUCAACUCUGUACUACUUAAGUUUAACACACGAGCAUACAAGAUGGCAGAGGAAAAGUGGCAAGUCGUGUCUGGAUGUCUGGAGAUUCUGGUGAAACUAUUGUCAGACUACGAACUGCGUAAUGAAGACCUGCUCUUUGAUGCAGUGGAUAUGCCUAGCCUGGGAGGUCAGCCAAUGAGCAAACAGCCUGGCUUCACUAUACUGUGUCUCAUGCUGAGUGAUUCACAGCUCUUUAGAAUUGUUCAGCUGAUUCUGGAGGAAGGGGUUGGCCUGUUUGAACUGUUUACACCAUUCCCAGGUCGAGAACAUCUAGAGAAAGCCUCCCUGCUGUGUGUGCAGCUGAUUGUGGAGACAUUUGAUCGGCAGAGCCUUUUGGAACGACGAAUCAGAGAGUCAGCUUCGCCUAUUCUUGUGUCCAGCCUAGAGAGGCUUCUUCUGGCUAUCAAUCCCCGGACAAGAAAAGCCGAUUAUUUGGUGAACAUUACAAAGUUUGUGAUUUUCAACACAUUUCUGCCAAAGCACACCCUGGCAGCUUUGAAGAUCCUAUGUUAUGUUUGUGAGGAGACACCAUCACAGUCUGAUAUUGUGAACCUGUUCACUGCAGAAAAGCAAGUCAGUACAGAGCUGUUGCAAGGCUUUGUGGAGUGUCUGGAUUCAAACUCACCAGAAACUAGACAGGAGAAGGCUUCAAUUCUUGCCACAGUGGAAGAUACAGAUGAGAUGACAGACUCCGUUCUCCAGAACGCCAUCUGUGAGAGGAUCAUCGAGCUGAUGCUUGUAUCACUGGACCAGGCAGCUCCUAACAUGGCACACUGGCUCCUGGGGUACAACCUACAGAAGCCUGUUAUACGCACAGUUCUGCAAGACCCUGGUGUACUAGACUCUUCAAAGACCUGCCUGCAUUCCAUUCUGACAUUGCUAGAAAAGGGGCUGGGAUCCAGGGAGGGACCCUCUUGCCUACACAACCAGCCGAAGUUAGCAGAGAUGGGCUUCCAUUUGAUCUAUGCUCUGUGUGCCAACAAGGACACAUCCCCGCCGACACUGCGCUACCUGCGGACCACUCACGACUUCCUCUACCAACAGCUGCAGCACUUGCCUUUGGACAGUAGAAAAUAUGGUAAUGAUGUGUCCGACCACCAGGCGUGGAUUCUGAAAACUGUGGCUAUUGAACUCCGCAUGACAUCCCUGAACAAGCAGAGGUCCCACACCCAGAGAUUGGUUCGGCUGUUGCUAGGAGAUGAUGACCAGGACUUCUACAGUGCCACUCAGGCAGGGGAGGACAGUGAGAUGAGCGUUGUGGAGCGGGAUUCAGUUAUAUCCUUGUCACGUAGUCAGAUGACAUUGACAUCAGGUAAGCACGUGAGGCAUCGUUUAUUGGGUAUACUGGACACAGUCUCCUUCGAACAAACUUUCCCCGGUCCGAUUCAGUUUACUUUCUUUGACAAGUCUAAAAUUGAAAGCCUGGUGAGAAGCCUAGAGCUCAAGACCAGGGAGGGUGUGGUUUAUUGUGAUGUACAUGCUUUGAGGCGGGAGCUUCUCACGGAACUGGCCAAUCAGCAAGGCCCGAUGGUGGCAGGGCAAAGACCACACAUUUUAGAGCAUGAAGAUGGUCAUGAUCUUCUGAGUGGGGAGAGGAGGCAGGCGGUUCUGUUUGAGUUGUUACAGGAGUUGUUACUGAAGGUUUCUGGAGAGGACGUAAACCUGGAAGCCACCACGGCCGUGUCUGAUGUUCUCCUGACUCUGAUGACCAACCUGCGGCACUGCUUUCUGCUGUCAGCCUCGUCCCUCAUGCCCUGCCCCACAGACACUUCCUCUCAUCCUUUCUGGGUUGUGAAAAGGAGCAGCCCCCUCACCUCAUUCUCCACGUCCAUGCAGAUUGUGCUGAGGGGCCUCAUUGAUUACAUCUUGAAGUCGAGUGGUGGGAUCCAGAGAGUCCGGGUCAAUCUCUAUGGGGCCUUGCUGUAUUGUCUGCAGAUCGCACAAAAGUCGGACAAGAGUGAUGAGCCUUUGACAGUGUCCAGCAACUCAGGUAUGGAGAGGCUGUUGUCUAGUGACAGCUCCGAGUUUGAUCGUCUGGCAGCAGAAAACAUGGAGACCAUCAGCUCCUAUGGGGACUGUUUGAUGGAGGCCCUGGCUCGGGAUGCUUGUGAUGGCCACCAGAUUGGGCGGAUGCUGGCUCUGUCGGUGGUGGAUGCUAUUGUGUCUAUGGAUCGCCAGCACACUUGGCUGAACUUUCUGAAUGGCCGCGGUUACCUCCAGCACCUGGUAGACUCUGUGGUGACAGAAGAUGAUGGGCAGCUGUUGGGCACUCUCUCCCCCCAGCCUGGCAGUCUUAGGGCCCUAUAUAUAUUCCUCUCAAAGAUGUCAUUGCUGACUCGGAUUGCCCAGAGUGCUGAUGGAGCCAGAGUCUUGCUGCAUGGCGGGGCUUUGUUGAAGCUGGCUUCUUGCACUGUGCUCAGCUUGAGGCCAGAAGUUGAUGACUACUCACGCAUGUCCGAUGAUGACGAUGACCUUCUGCCCAGCCCAUUGUCCAGAUAUCGCCUCCUUCUGUUUUCUGUUUUGCGGUUCUGUCUGGCCAUGCUCACUUCCCUCGGAGGUGACAACCAGGAGGCUGCCACACAGGUGAUGCUGCUAGUCGUCUCCUAUGGGGAUGUGUUCACCUCAAUCCUGAGAGGCCGCAAGGCAAUGCUGAACCCAUCUUAUCUGAGGGAGCUAAGUUUAACGACAGCAGUGAUUGCUAGGGCAAACUACCACUCUGAAUUGGGAGGGGAUCUGCUUGAACAAGAUACAGCUAGCAUGGAGUUCAGAUCUCAGCGUAUGCGUCUUCAGGAUCAGAUGCUGGCACUGCUGCCCCACUAUUCCAACCCAGAGGCUGUCCUGAAACAGCUGAAGACCCGGCUGGCCUCGCCAACAAGCGGUAGCUACCAGACAGACAGCGACAGCGGGGCUGAGCUCUUGCAGCUGCACCAGGAGAUUGCUGCCAAUCUGACCGCCUACUGCCGCAGUCUCAUCACAAAUCUAGGCAGCAGCAGUUUAAACCAGUGCCUUCUGUUUGGACCCAGCCUGGAUGAGGUUUUCUUGUAUGACAGGGCUAGAGCUGACGAACUGUCAGUGACCAUCAACAUGGGACGUAGGUUGGGUCUUGGAGUAGUGCUGGUUCUUCUGGAGCAGUGUGCCCGUCAGUUCAGCCAGGUGUUGGACUCACAUCAACGACACAUGCAGAAGCUGUCCACCUUGUCAGAGCUCACGGCUGAGGACCUCAAGCAGCUGUGUGCAGACACUUCUGUCGAGAAACUGUCAUCCCAACAGAGGCAGGAAGUUGCCAGGAGUCAUCUGCUUCACAUCCUGGCCCAGAAGUCGCAGCAGCUCCAGCAUUAUGUGUACAUUGUGGAAAACUGCCUGUAUAUUACCUGGCGGCACCUCGAUUUUUACCUGGUUCACUGCAUUCCUGCCGACCAGACCACCAUGACCACACCCACAUUGAUGAGACACCGGACUGGACUUAGAAAACUGACAGGAACAGGUGAAUCUUUUGGAGAGCUGAGUACUUUAGGUAGCCCUGCAGUGUCUGCUGGACUCAGCCAGGUGGCCUUAGGUGUCUCCCGCAGCGACAUUGACCAUCUACGCUCGAUUGCCCCUUCAGUGCUCAACGAAGCAUUCUUCAAGAAAGUGCAAUAUGUGGACCAGUCUUAUGGAAAGCAGAGAACCCAUUACAGUUUUACAGAAGCUAUCAUCAGAAGGAUCAAGAGGGUGCUGAAACUUCACACUGGAAUCUAA